GUAAAUUUUUUAUUUACGAUAGUGGAACGUUUUUGUCAAAAAUGUUUAGUUUUAUUAUUUAAUUUUAAUCUUGUAGUUAAUAAGACAUCUCCUCUGUAACCAUGAGUGAGGCUGGCAGUGAAAAUGAAGCGAGCUCAAGGCGAAUCCAAGAGAGGGUUGUGGAAAUGUUGGAACGAGAUUUUUUGGCUGCUGAAAUGAAGAUCGCCCUCCUGGUGUGUGCACUUGACAGUUAUCGUUAUGACAGCGUUUUGAGACCAUUUCCAGCCGUUGGUUUAAGAGACGAUGGAUCAAAAGAUGUGCAGAAACUGACUCAACUAUGCAAUUCUAUGCCCAAACUGGCAUCAAUUAUAUUAGAAGGACAAGGUUCGUCACUUUCCUUUGAUGGAUGGCAACUUCUUGACUGGCUUAUGGGGAAAACGCUAGAUAUUGUUACUCUCGACAAAUCAAAUUCUCUAUUUGGUGAAGGGACCUAUCUAUCCAGUGACCUAAAUGUCUGUGUUUAUACUCUCUAGAAUUCUCUAUUUGGUGAAGGGACCUAUCUAUCCAGUGAYCUCAAUGUCUCCAUGCAGUAUAGCAAAUACAAUAAAAUAUGGACAAAUAGUACACUAGGAAGCAAAAUGAGCUGUGUUGCCGUAUGUGAGGUGCUUGAUCAUCCAGAUGUUAAAUGUACACAAAACAAAAAUGCCAGAAAUGGAGACACUAAUCUAUCAGGCCGAGCAAGAGCAAAGAACAGUGAAGGUGGCGAUGUCCCUGAGAGAUAUUAUGUGGUUACAAAUAAUGAACUUUUGAGAGUAAAAUAUUUGUUGGUAUAUGUUGAAAAACAUCGACCCAAAAGGUCAUCAUCAUGGAGUUGGUUCACAAAGAUAAUGAUUUUUUAUAUAUUGAUACUUAUUAUUCUGGGCUUUACCAGAACAAGAAUAUACAAUGGCAUCCGUUCUAAGAUAUUUGGUACUCACAGUGAAUUGUGACAGCUUGUACCAAUUAGCAGAUUAGUGUUUGUAAUAUUUUAAGUCAUAUUGUUAUAUCAAUUAAAAUUACCAUCAGUGAUGAUACGGAAUGAUUUUCAUUUGAUUAUGAAAGAAUACUAGACCUUUUUCAAAAGAGCCACCAAAAAAUGCUCUUAAAGGCCCAGUUUGCACCAUUAUGCUUUGCGCACCUCUGUUAUCAGUUAUGAHUACACCAAACUGAAAACACUUCUGGUAUCCAAAUAUGACGAAUGUCAGAUGGUUGAAAACUCUAAUAAUAUUAGUACCGUUUAAAGCGCUUAAAAAAGUGAGAUGAUCAAAGAUUUGGAACGCACAGUACAAUAUUUUAUAGACUUUCUGUAAACUGAAAAUGGUCACCUCCAGGCCCUCAUGGCCCCCAAAGCAAAAUGGUGCACACUGGGCCUUUAAAACUACAUUAUGUAAAAGUCAUUAUGUGAGCCAGCUAUUUUAUCAGACUAAGAAAUUCCUUGACUUGUUGACAGUAGGUAGCCAUACACUUGUUAUAAUAAACUGAUCAUGGACUUUGA